GCUUCUUUCAGAAUGCUACAGAUCUUGGACCCGAGACCCUUGCCAAGCUCCAUCAUGCCUGUGGACAUGGCCAUGAGAAUUUGCUUAGCCCAUUCUCCACCGCUAAAGAGUUUUCUCAGCCCCCUCGAGGACUGUCAAAGAAACAACUUUGUGAACAGAUUCAAACCUCUCAGACCGUGUCUUCACGUGAAACGUGACUCUGAAGCUCAGAAGAGCGACUGGAACCACUCGGCAGCCCGAGCCAAGAAGCGAGUUGUGUUUGCGGAUUCAAAGGGGCUGUCCCUGACGGCGAUACACACCUUCUCCGAGUUCCAGGAGCAGCCUGGGUGGGAUCUCCAGUUUGACCUCUUAGGCCUUGAAAACAUAACGUCUGGCUUAAAGCUACAUGAGGAGAAAAACUUGAUUCUGGGUUUCCCUCGGCCCUCAGCUGACUACCUGGACUUCAGGAACCGCCUGCAGAAGAACUUGGUCUGCCUGGAGAACUGCACCCUGCAAGAGAAGGUGCUGUCGGGGACUGUGAAAGUAAAAAACGUGAGCUUCGAAAAAAAGGUUCAGGUUCGAAUUACCUUUGAUACGUGGAAGACCUACACGGACGCUGAGUGUGUAUACAUGAACAACGUUUACAACGAUUCUGAAAAUGAUACCUUCUCAUUUACCAUUGACUUGCCUCCUGCCAUUUCCUCUGAAGAGAAGAUAGAGUUUUGCAUUUCUUACCAAAGUGGAGAACAUACCUUCUGGGACAAUAACGAGGGUCAGAAUUACAAGAUUCUCCACGCAGAGUGGAAGCCUGAUGGUGUUCAGAUACCAUCUGCCAAGAAAGACUGUGUAGAUCUUCAGACUCCAAGGAGGGGACAAGAGAGAGAGCCUGAUCAGCUUGGCAGCCCGAGGCUGUCCAGCGGAUUCUUUCCCCAGUGGCAGAGCUUGGGGCGUAUUGAAAAUUCAUCACCAUAUUGGUGA